CGCCGACGGAAGAGCACCUGACUGAGCGGAAGUAGAGAUCUCAGAGGCGAGGAAGGUGAGGACGAGAGGAACCGUGAAACCUUUCAGCUUCACCUCCCUCACUGAUUCAGCAUGGGGGAAAAGUCGGAGGACUGUAGGGUUCCAGAGGAUCUGUUGACUGGUUUGAAAGUUACAGAUCCCCAGGAAGCAGAGUGUGUUAACCCUCCAGUAUCCAGUGGCAAAGAGCAUCAUUCCCAGAGCGAACUGCUCAAGGAUGUCGACGCCCAGCCCCAGGAAGACCAGGGGGAGGAGGAGUGCUUUCAUGACGCCAGUGCCUCAUUUGAGUCGGAGGAGCCGCGAGCGGAGAAGAUUGAGAACAAACCUGAGGAUGAUAUGAAUUCCUCUGAACUAGAUGAAGAAUAUCUAAUGGAACUGGAGAAGAACAUGCCAGAUGAAGAGAAAAAGAGAAGGAGAGAAGAGAGCUCUAGACUAAAGGAGGAGGGAAAUGAGCAGUUUAAGAAGGGAGAUUACAUAGAAGCCGAAAGUUCUUAUACUCGCGCCCUGCAGACGUGUCCCUCCUGUUUCCAGAAAGACCGAUCUGUUCUGUUUUCCAACAGAGCUGCAGCAAGGAUGAAACAGGACAAGAAAGAGAUGGCCAUCAGUGACUGCAGCAAAGCAAUUCAGUUAAACCCCAGCUAUAUCAGGGCAAUACUGAGGAGAGCAGAGUUGUAUGAGAAAACUGACAAGCUGGAUGAAGCCCUGGAAGACUAUAAAUCCAUAUUAGAAAAAGAUCCAUCAGUACAUCAAGCAAGAGAAGCUUGCAUGAGAUUACCUAAGCAAAUUGAAGAACGGAAUGAAAGACUGAAGGAAGAGAUGUUAGGUAAACUAAAAGAUCUUGGGAACUUGGUUCUCCGGCCUUUUGGACUCUCCACAGAGAAUUUCCAGAUCAAACAGGAUUCCUCUACUGGCUCCUACUCCAUCAAUUUUGUUCAAAAUCCAAAUAACAACAGAUAACAAAGAUAACAAUAGCUUUUAAAGCUGGCUUGGAAAUUGUAUGCUGCUUGGAUUAGCAAGGGGAAAGGCCCUGCCAGUGUUUAACUUCUAAAAGCAUCUGAUCUCAGAGACAGGCUGUCUCGUAGAGCCCAGCGCUCCCUUCUCCCCCUUGUUUUACAAUCAGGGUGAAACGCACUUCCUGAUACAGUGAGCCUAAUUUGAUUUCCAUUUUACGGUGGUGUCUGUGCUGCUGUUGCCCUGGUUCCGGCCGUCCUUUGUUUUGUCCAGGAGAAAGCCUGCUUAUCGAGACUUGCCUCCCUGAGCUCCAUAAACACAAACCCAGCUGGGGUCUCCUGGGCUGAGCAAACCUGCCAGGCAGAGACCCCCCGGCCAUGCGUGAUGGGGUCCCCGCCUGCUGUCCCCUCACCCCGAUCACACACACUGCCCUGCGUGGGCUCCAGCAUUUCCUGGUUUCCUCUGGUAAUAAAUGCUUUCUGUGACAGUCUGAGCUGGGUUGUGAAUUUUGUCCCCAAAAUAACAGCUAGAGCAGAAGGCAUCCUGGCUGUAGGAGGCAGUGUUGAUUUCGAGGAGUGUUACUGGAGUCCAGUCCUCCCAGAGCCUUAGCUGCUACCUUGAAGACAAUCUGGAGGAGCUGAGUGUCCACCAUGUACUAAGAUUCAGAAACCCCACCUCACAAGCUGUCUCAGGCCUCUCCAGGUUUGUACAGAUGCUUAUGAAAUCAGUGUUUUUGACCAAGUAACCAGUCUUAGUGAUUUCAACUUAAAAUAACUUUGUUUAGGAAUGCUGGUAUGUGAAUCCCAGAACAAAACCGUAUUCUUUUAGAUUCCAUGAACCCAGAAGUUUCAAAGGUAGUUUUCUAAUCCUCAGUGUUGUUAAAAAGCUUUUGAUUGUUAUGGUUUAAGUGUUAAAAGUGGUGACAUUCAGGUUUCAUGUUAGAAGUGAAGUACACGUAUAAUUCUGUAAGUGACAUGCAGUAAGCAUGCUCCCAGUGUUAAGAACUGUGCUGUUGUUUUGAUCAGUUCCUCAGAGCCUCUUAGCGUGUGCUGUUAGGCAGUGGGAUGGUCUGCUGUAUACACUCUGUGGCUCCCAGGUUUUCUGGCAGGGGCAGCAUGAGAGACCUUAGCUCCCCAACCAGGGGUUGAACCCAUGCCCCCUGAGGUGGAAGCACCGGACCCCCAGGGAAGCCCUGUCUCCUAGAUGGAGAUCACAUUCUUCAUGCAGUUUAUAAGGGGGAAGGGGAGAAGGGAAAAGAAUGUGGUUCAUUUUGCUUUGCUGUCUUUAUGAUAAAUCUGGCCUCUAAUUUCUCCCAGAAGGUGUGUGAGAAAUCACACACGUAGCACAGAAACCUUGGCUGAAAGUUGCAUGGUCCAGCUGGUGGCGGCACGUGCUCCCUGUGCAGCAGUGCCCUACUGGCCAGCACUCCACCGACCUCUUGAUCUCAGCACUACUCCACGCUCAGACUAUGUAAGGAGGGGACCUCCCUGGCAGUCCUAUGGUUAAGACUCCAUGCUUCCACUGCAAGAGGCAUGGGUUCAGUCCCUGGUCAGAGAACUAAGAUCCCACGUGCCACACCAUGCUGCCAAAAAAAAUAAAG